GGAGCCCGCGCCCGCCCGGGGCCGCGGCCCGGGGCCCCCCUCGUUCCAUCGCCGCGCAGCCCGCCCUCCUCCGGCGCCUGGCGACCCCCCUCGUCCACCCUGAGCCUGCACCCCCUCUCUCCUUUCCUCUCCCUCACCUCUCCCCCUGCGAUCCCUCCCUGGUAACCGCCCCCAUCCCAGAGGAAGGGGGACCCCCUAGGGCUGCACCCCAAACCUCAGCUCCAUCCCAGAGGAAGGGGACCCCCUUGGGCUGCCCCCCUCCCGUGUGACACCCGGGGCAAGGCUGGCAGAGAGACGCAGCUGGCCGUCCUGCGCCCCGAGACUGCAUUCUGGUGACCCUUCCCUUCUGCCGCCAUGAACAGGGCCCCCCUGAAGCGGUCCCGGAUCCUACACAUGGCGCUGACUGGGGCCUCCGACCCCGGGGACCAGGCGGAGGGCAGCGGGGAGAAGCCCUUCCUGUUGAGGGCUCUGCAGAUCGCUCUGGUGGUGACCCUCUACUGGCUCACGUCCAUCUCCAUGGUGUUCCUCAACAAGUACUUGCUGGACAGCCCCUCCCUGCGGCUGGACACCCCGAUCUUCGUCACCUUCUACCAGUGCCUGGUGACCGUGUUGCUGUGCAAGAGCCUCAGCACGCUGGCCGCCUGCUGCCCCGGCACGCUGGACUUCCCGACUCUGCACCUGGACCUCAGGGUGGCCCGCAACGUCCUGCCCCUCUCGGUGGUCUUCAUCGCCAUGAUCACCUUCAACAACCUGUGCCUCAAGCAUGUGGGCGUGGCCUUCUACAACGUGGGCCGCUCGCUCACCACUGUCUUCAACGUGCUGCUCUCCUACCUGCUUCUAAAGCAGGCCACGUCAUUCUAUGCCCUGCUGGCCUGUGGGGUCAUCAUUGGAGGCUUCUGGCUCGGCGUGGACCAGGAGGGAGCCGAGGGCACCCUGUCCCUGACGGGCACCAUCUUUGGCGUGCUAGCCAGCCUCUGCGUCUCACUCAAUGCCAUCUACACCAAGAAGGUGCUCCCGGCUGUGGAUGGCAGCAUCUGGCGCCUGACCUUCUACAACAACGUCAACGCCUGCGUGCUCUUCCUGCCCCUGCUGCUGCUCCUCGGGGAGUUCCAGGCCCUUCGAGACUUUGCCCAGCUGGGCAGCGCCCACUUCUGGGGCAUGAUGACACUGAGUGGCUUGUUUGGCUUCGCCAUCGGCUACGUCACAGGGCUGCAGAUCAAGUUCACCAGUCCCCUGACCCACAAUGUGUCUGGCACAGCCAAGGCCUGUGCCCAGACGGUCCUGGCUGUGCUUUACUAUGAGGAAACCAAGAGCUUCUUGUGGUGGACGAGCAAUCUGAUGGUGCUGGGCGGCUCCUCUGCCUACACCUGGGUCAGGGGCUGGGAGAUGAAGAAGACUCCAGAGGACCCCAGCCCCAAAGAGGGUGAGAAAAGUACCGUGGGGGUAUGAGCUCGGUCGGGGACGCUGGGAAUGAACUCAGGCGGGAAUCUUUGGGCCCAGGUUGAUAGGGCAUGAUCAGUGUACAGACCUGAUACCUGAUCAGAGUCUGGGGGCCCCAGAGGAGGCCCCCAGUCCUGUCAGAACACUGGCAGCCCACCCCAGGGCAGUAGCGUCCCUCCUUCCCAUCCUAGGCCGGCCUACCUCCACAUCAUCUCCAGGGAAAGGGACAGGAUGCAGCCUUCAGGGGCAGGCUUCUUGAUACUCGGGAGUUGGGGUAACCCUACCACAGCCAGCGGAAGGGACCUGGGAAACCCCAAUAUCUCCAGGGUCCUGUAAAAGCAGGCAGCCCUUGGAGGGCAGGCUGAGGGAGGAAAGGGACUGGCAGGGCCUUUAUAGCCAUGAUCGCAGUCUCCCCUGCCCAAGGAGGCUAAGAGAAAAGUCUCGCCCUCUGCACUCCAUAUCUGCAGCUUUAGCACAUGGGGACCACAUGUGUUUUAUAGGAUAAGUAGGGUGCUCAGUGGAGCAUCUCCCAGUCCUUGGGCCUAGAUUUUCCUGCCUGGCUCCUUGGUCCCUUAGGGGGUACAGGUGACACUUGCCUCCCUCCCCUGGUCCCUGGCACAGCUUCCUGGCUCAGGCCUGGUUGCUGCUUUUCACCCCUCCCGCUUCUCUCCCCCAAAGCCUUCAUCCUCAGGUGGGGCUAUGGGGUUAGGGGACUGAUUGACCCCCUCCCCCACAUCCCUGGUCCUGAGCUGCCUCCCUUGAGAAAGGGAUCAUCACAUACCUUCUCCCCUAAGGCUGCACCCAGGGGACCUGCCUGUCCCCUGCUUAGCCCUCCCACACGCUGGGUGGCUGAAAAACAACCCAAGUUGAUUUCUCCAAGUUCCUGAGGCUGCACGUUCAAGUUCAGGACAUCUGGCCCUCUCUGUAUCAUUUGAUGGAAGCACAAACUAAUUCUAAUUGUGAGGUCUCUCCCCCAACCCCCCCCAUCUAAUCACCCAUAAAGGCUCCACUUCCUGUGGACAAGAUCUCCUAACAUGCAUUUCAAGGGGCCACAGCGUCCAGACCAUGGCACCCCCUAUCACUCCCUUUUGGUCUCAGGGUGUCUUUCACUCCCCUGUCCCUCAUGUCCACCAUUCUCACCUCCUAUCUUGUAGGGGGUAAUUUUUGAAGUUUUGGUUCUUAUUAUAAAAACCUGGGGCAAGUGGUGCCUCUCCUGCCCCUGCGUUCUAAUGAAGUCGGUAUGGCCAGAUGGCUGAGCUGGAUGUGAUUUAAUAAAAGCCUGAGCAAGACA